GUUAAGAGAAAAACAAAAUGGCGGAGUGACAGUUGGGCGAGCAAGCAACUUGUCAUGUUUUUGCAAGCAAUUCUUGGGAGUUUUGGAAAAUAUAGUGGAGAUGACUACUGAAAGUGUUGUAGAAAGCUCGCUACUAGGACUUUCAAGAGCUACUACUGUUGAUGAUGAGGAAUAUACGUCUCGUUAUUGGCCGAAGCUAGAAGGCGCGAUUUUAUUAAUUUUACAACAAAAUCCUGGAGAAUUUAUCCCGAUUUCGUAUGAAGAAAUGUACAGCACUGUAUAUAAAUGUGUAUGCCAGCAGUACUCUGACAAAAUGUACAACAAUCUGAUGGAACUUGUGACCUCCUAUCUUAGACGAGUAGCUGAAGAACUACAGGUGACCCCAGCUGAAGCUUAUCUUGAAAAGUUUAAUUUUGCAAUGGCACAGUUCUUUCAAGCAGUUAGUGGAAUAGUAGCCAUCUUUAGUUACAUGAAUCGAUUUUAUGUUUCACCAAAACUUCAUACUGAUUUGCAAGCAGAAUUGUGGAAACUGUUUACAAACCUUGUAGCUGACAAUGCAUUCCUGUUCAGAGUGAUUGACGAGGUUUCAUCGAAGCCAUUUGGUGUCAAUCCACAGAUAUUGAUGUCCAUUAUCAAAGGACUUUAUUCACUCAAACCAGAGUUUUCUGAGCGCAAUCCAAUGCUCUUUGCCCGAUUUAUUCCCAACAUUUUACCCCCAACACAGUUUGACCAGCUACCAAGUCUAAUUCAAGAAGACCGUUUGUUACAGGAGGACCUGGUGACGAGCCAGGGCUUUUCAAGAGAGGACACGGGAAAGAAAAGGAGAGGAGAAGAUUUCCAAGGCAGAUAGGGAACGAAUGACUGCCUACACAAUUUAAAAUCGAAGGAAACUAUAGCGCAGAAGGAAUCAAAUCUCUAGGAAAGCGUAACGACCCAACAAAAAAGAAAAGACAACGAAUCUACUGAGAAAUGUUGUGAAAAGGACACCUCAUUCUGGUGUAUACCACAGCAUAACCAGAGGCAUGGCAGUUUCGGCUCUUUCACCUAUUUUAUCUCGCUCUUUUCUGUUUUCCAAAAAUCAAAGGCUUCUUCCCAUUUUUUUUUGCGCAUCAGAAAACAUGUAGAGUUCUUAAAUAUGGAAAUUAUACCUGUCGGGUCGUAUCAGGUGAUUUAGGACUAAGGUAAACAACUGAAAUCUCCACGAGUUUAGUUUUCAUGACUGCGAAACUUUAAUGGACGUUACCCAGUUUACGCCGCUGGAUUACACGAAACACAGCUAUGAGACAAAUAUGGACACCAACUGAAUUACGGAUGUAAAUAAUUUCUGUUUGGGGAAGAGAGAUGUUAAAUGUUUGGUUCAAUUACUGGAGGGGGGCAUUCCUCAAUACAAACUUCAAGAAGUGCUGGUCGAAAAAUCUCGAAUCACUCCGAAAUACUCAAAGAUGACAAAUUUCUGUUUUGUGGGCGUGGCCCCAAUUCAUUUCACCCCUACGAAGUAUCGCUCUAACGUUGGGUAACUAUUUAUAACUAAGUAAUUUCGAAAUUAAAGUUAUUCCCGAUCGCGCAAUGGAUCCCGUCAUUUUUCAGAUCGAUAACUUUAAUGAACCCAAAAAUGUACCUUGGCGAUUGAAGAAACGGGCAUGUUAGCUUUCGACACCUUCAGGGGCACCAAUCUGUUGAUUUUACUCCUAAGAGGAACAAAACCCUGUGUCAUUUUCCUGUGGGAGUAUCCCUCGACUUUUGAAUUUUUGCCUAUUGGUGCAGACUGCACAAAAAGUGAACUUCUGUCGAUAAGAUUGGUACAAUUAUAAUCUUAUGUAAUAGCCUGGGCAAUGUGGUCGAGAGUAUAACAGAAUGUUUCAAGUUUUUCAGACAUUCAUUCGUCAAUUGAAACCUUAAAACCUAAAAAUGAACCGAUGUAGUAAAUAUUCCAGCAAAUAAAAAGUAUUUUGUUUGAUAACUUUA